AUGGUGGAGAUGGCGGCGGCGAAUAAGGGCCGAAAGAUCAUACUCCCACAGAUUGGUUCUCCCAUGUUUUCGGCGAUGGAUCCGAGCGGCACGUUUUGCGCCGUCUGGAUCCUCGGUCUAGGCAGACGUGCUCUCUGGCAGGGCAGGGGCGCCGAUGUGAUCUGCUGUUGUGGUCUUCCGAUUCCCCUGUACACCUUAUGCUAUUCUAGUGCUGGUAGGGUCGAUGAUGGAGGUGUCAGGAGUUGCUACGACGAGGGGAAGCGUACAGCUGAAACCUUGACCAUGGACUACCACUGUGGCGCCAACCUUGAGGUUAGGAUUGCUCGGAUCUUUAACUCCUAUGGCCCGCGCAUGUGCAUUGACGAUGGCCGUGUUGUCAGCAACUUUGUUGCUCAGGCGCUAAGGAAGGAGCCUUUGACGGUUCACGGCGAUGGCAAGCAGACCAGGAGUUUCCUAUACGUACCUAAUUUGGUAGACAAAACACUGUCCCUAAUGGAAGGUGAUCACAUUGGACCAUUCAACUUGGGCAACCCCGGUAAGUUCACCAUGCUGGAACUGGCCAAGGUUGUCCAGGACACCAUCGACCAUGAUGCUGGUGCUGGUAGCUUAGAGUGA